UCCUCCAUACCUGAGAGAGUGUGCGUGUUUGUGAAUGUGUAAAUGUGAAACGAAAGCUACCUUCUGUACAAGCGAGUGUACGAAACACUAACCCGGAAACCGGCCAAAAAUCAUUCUCGACCUAUUGGUAAGCGUCGUCGUGUGCGGAGCGGAUCUGCAAGACAGAAGGGACUCCCUUACUGCCGACCAUGGGUACACUUCCGAGCGUAAUGGAUUUACGGCUUCCCAUCCUGUGGUUGCUGCUGGCAGCAGAGCUGUCCGUGGGGCUGCGCAACGUACGGGUCACGGUGCCAACGGCUGUCCGGAAAGGCGAUUCGGUUCAUCUGUACUGCGAAUACGAACUGGAGGAUAACGAGCGGCUCUACUCGAUCAAGUGGUACAAGGGUAAGCGAGAGUUCUAUCGCUACACGCCCCAGGUGCAUCCGUCGGUGCAAGUUUUUAGCACCGUCAGCGGAAUCGACGUGGAGCGGUCACUUUCCAACGAAAGCCAUGUUGUCAUGAAGGCGGUCGAGACGAACUACUCCGGGAAGUACAGCUGCGAGGUGUCGGCAGAUGCACCCUCCUUCCACACGAUCAUCGUCUCAGGCGACAUGGAAGUUAUCGAACCACCCAUUGAACAGCCAUCAGUAACCGGGGUACAGGCGCGUUACCGACCUGGAGAUAUUCUACGGGCCAACUGCACCUCGCAUAAUUCUAAACCAGCAGCAAAUUUGACGUGGACGAUUAAUGAUGUACCGAUUCCACCACAGUACGUAAAGCAGUACCGACCGAUAAAGGAUACGUUUACCGGGCUAGAGACAUCCAUCGUCGGUGUCAACUUCAUGGUGGUCCACGAGCAUUUCGUGAAGGGAAAGUUGAAGUUGAAAUGCUUGGCAUCGAUACACCAGCUCUACCAUGAGACUAUCGAACUGCUUGUGCCGGAAGAUCGGCCACGGAUACUGGCGACCGGAGUUUCUGCUAGUGGACACAGUAUAAGCCUCUACCAAGGAACGGUUCAUGAGACGGAACUGACGGAUCAGAAUGAUGCCUAUCUCACCGUGAACGGGUACAAAGCUGAUAAGUCAUCCCCGCUAGCGUCUUCCUCCGGUAGUCUGCAGAUCGAUUCAUACGUUAAGGUGUGCUGGGUAACGUUCUACAUCUGCAUCAUCUGCACCGUGAUGGUAUACUCAAUACGGUAUCUGAUGGUCACCUGACCCCAGCAGAGGGAGGCCAAGAGUGGUGCUGGAUCGGCUAAUGCUUCGUUGGCAGAAGGUACGGCAUUAGAGCUGGAUCCCCUCCCGAGCAGCUAUCCCAUUCCACCGCCUCCGUCUGCAGCCACCAUUUCUUCGCCAGCCCUCGUCAACGUAGACAGCUGCGUCCUGUUCGUUCCAAGGUGAUGCAACAAGCUGCGAACGACCGUACCAGUGACGUUGUGCACACAUUUUUUCGGUAUCCAGCCCCCAAGGCAAUCGAUCAAUCUCGCCAACCGUGCGGAGAAAAAUCGGAAAUCUCAAAAACAAGCUUAAAGGUGGAAUGCAGCACGUGCAUGUGCAAGGGCAAACAAGCGCAUAGAAUACCUACAUACUCACACAAUCAAAUACCAACAACAUGUUGUCCCUGUCAUCGUGUUUGUAUCGUCGUAAAUGAUCUCUCUAAACAUCAUGGAAAAAUGUUUGGUUAUUUUCCAGUGUAUGAAAAUUUAUUUUUUUAAAAACCACCGGGCGCCUCCAUUGCCAUGGAUGCAAGAAUGAUCGUGCGGAAACAUCUUCACGCAGAAUGAUUUGCGAACAUGUAUGAAGCGACGUUUUGAGGUGAUCGUAAUAUUGCAGUUCGAGCAUAGGCACUAAACAAAUCUUUUUCUUACCUUAGCUCAGGGUAAAAUAUGUACAUAGUUUUAACUAAAUGUAAAUAAGUCACUGUAUUGUCCAGCUUCUAAUCCCUUUUCCCCGCUCCUACCGAUUUUCCUUCCUUUUCCUAAGUAUCCACCUUUUGAAAAGAAAACCAAACUGGAUUUUAAUGUAACGUUAAACGUCGUAAGUAAGUGCAAAAUUUAGUCCAUCGAAUGUUAGCAACGGUUAAGAAGUAGCACGAAAACGGAAGCAAACAAAAACAGCCUCCUAUCGAAGCGAAUGCGACUACGAUGCGUAACACAAAAAAUGAAACAGGUUAAACUAGCUAAUAAUCGACACAACAUUCUGUACAUAUACAUAAAGGCAGGUGAACAACAUAGCAAAUCUACCGAUAAGCAACGCGGAAGCUAGGAGUAAAUGCCCGAAUACCUACAGCAUCUGCAACAAAAAAAAAAACUAAAAUAAACUGCAUCCUUUAACCGUACCAAGUAAAUGUAUGCUUACCUUGCGUUUCAUAUCGGGUAGUUCACCCUUGUUUGGGUUUAUGGGUUACUGGGCUUGACUUACCUGCAAUAGAUAAAAAUGUAUCAAUUUGUUGUUCACUACAAACACAGAAAGGAGACAAAUAAAC